AUGGCGUCGCGGGAGCCCGCCGGUUACCCUGGCAGCCGAGGCCUCGCUGCCGCCGAUCACCUGUCUCCCAAACUUAGGACUUCCAGGAGUGACGGGAUGGGGGAGACCCUACACCUCCCCGGCUUCUCUCGCCGGGUGAGCGCCUGGAGUGGUAGCCUGGAAGACCUGGAAGGACCAACGAGUCCUGGGCACUUCGGAAAGCGAGCGGCCUCGGCACCGCGGCGGCUUAGUGAGCGCUUCGAUGAGUGGAGUUCGGGGAGCGAGCGGUCCGGUGCCAGGGGGCACAGUGACCCCGAAACUCGGUCCAUGGGGGCGUUCAGUGUGCGCUCCUCGCGGGAUCACGGCCGGGAGCCGGCUCUGCUCCGGGGCAUAUUUGAGAUCGCUAAGCGAAGCUGUGAUGUCCGACUAACUUCCAGCCAGCUGCUGUGGAGCCCCAUUCAGCCUGAUACCCCAGGCAGCUCUAAGGUCUUCCAUAAAGAAGAGUUUGUUGACCUGAGAGAUAUAUUCUCUGUGAAAGUCAAGAGACGCCGUUUAGUGGGACAGAAAACGGGUGGUACCUUAUUGGGUAUCACAAUAUUUUUGUGUGUCAGAAAAGGACAGAAACUGAAGGAAGACUCACUUCAUCUCCACAACCUAAGUGAAGACUACUGCGAUUUAUGGUUCAGGCAACUAAAAGAAAUUCUGAAUGGGUUUCCAAAUAGACCCAAAUCCCUUAAGAUAAUUAUUAACCCGCAGAGCCAUAAAGGAGAGGCCGUUAAUGUAUACCGCAAGCAUGUUGAACCUCUAUUCAAGCUUGCUGACAUCCAGACUGAUGUUACAGUAACUAAGUAUGCAGGACAUGCCCUUGCAUUACUGAAAGAAUGUGAACUUCAAGAGUAUGACGGGGUGGUUUGUGUUGGUGGAGAUGGAUCAGCCAGUGAGGUUGCGCAUGGUCUCCUUCUCCGAGCCCAGAUGGAUGCUGGGAAGAAUACAAACUCUAACUUCACACCUGUCAGGGCACCUCUUCCUCUUGGCAUUAUAUCAGCAGGCACUACCAAUAUUCUAGCAUAUUCCCUACAUGGAAUCAGACACCCUGUAACUGCUGCAUUGCAUAUUAUCAUGGGGAAUAUCCAACCAGUCGAUGUGUGCACUUUUAGCAGUAACAACAAGCUACUUCGCUUUGGCUUCUCGUCUAUGUUUGGAUUUGGAGGAAAGACCCUUUCUCUUGCAGAAAAGCACCGCUGGAUGCCACCCAACCAGAGGAGAGAUUUUGCUGUUAUUAAGACACUUGCCAACUUAAAACCAGAUAAUUGUAAAUUAUCAUUCUUGCCUGUAAGGAGCCAUCAACUGACACUCUGUGAUGAUAGCAAAGAGCAAAACAGGAAUGAAGACAGAUGUGGCAGCAAGGAUCAGUGGCAGCGCACCGAGGGUCAGUUGCUGAAUGUAAGCGUUAUGGCAAUCCCUUGCCUUUGUCCCAUGGCUCCAAGAGGCUUGGCACCUAAUACCAGGCUAAAUGAUGGCACCAUGGCACUUAUUGUUGUAAGAAAUACUUCAAGACAAGAAUUUGUGAGACAUUUGAAACGAUAUGCCACUGAGAAAAACCAGUUCAGUUUUCCUUUUGUGGAAACUUACUUGGUUGAAGAAGUUAAAUUGUGCCCGAGAACCAUAUAUAACGUUGCUUACGACAAACACAAUAAUGACGUGCCCACCCAUUCUUCUGAAGACAAUCAUCCCUGGAAUAUUGAUGGGGAUUUAUUGGAGGCGACGUCCGAGGUGCAUGUUAGAUUGCAUCCUGAACUCAUUAAUCUCUAUGGAAGUAACAUUGAAGAACUCGACGAUUGCAAAAAUAAAUGCAGUUGUUUGUAAUUAUACAUUUUAUAGUUGAAGCAAAAAAAAGAAAAAAAAACUACUAAUCUCUUUCUAGAUAUUUUAUUAAAUUGUGGCAGUAAAAGCAUUUAAAAAAAAAAAAAUACAUAGAAGUGAUCAUUUUUAGAAUGAGAAAUUACAGUGGU